ACCCGCGACGGAAGUUGCUGUCAGGCUCAAGCUCCGCGAGCGCUGACGCAAGGCAGGCUGCGCAGGCGCACUGACCACCAGCGCACCAGCUCAGGGCGGGAUGCGGUGACGCCCUGAAUGACCAUGGCAGCGGUGGACGAACUCGCCUUCCACGAAUUUGAGGAAGCCGCUAAUCUUCUAGUAGAGACCCCUCAUGCAGCCACCACCUGUAGAAGUGAUCAGCUGACCUCACAGGAUCACGUGGCUGUAACUGUAGGCUCCAGUGUUGGCUAUGGAGCAGAGGAAGUGGAAGAGGAGGGGGACAAGACAGCGCUUCUGCAGGAAGAAAAGCCACAGCCUGGAUUCUGGACCUUUGGCUAUUAUCAAAGCUUCUUUGAUGUGGACACCGCACAGGUCCUGGACCGAAUUAAAGGUUCUUUGUUGCCAUGGCCUGGCCACAACUUUGUACGACACCACCUGCGGAACCGGCCUGAUCUAUAUGGCCCCUUCUGGAUCUGUGCCACUCUGGCCUUUGUCCUGGCAGUAACUGGCAACCUGACUCUGGUGCUGGCACAGAGGCGAGAUCCCUCCAUCCACUACAGCCCUCAGUUCCAUAAAGUGACUGUGGCAGGUAUCACUAUCUACUGCUAUGCAUGGCUGGUUCCACUGGCACUGUGGGGCUUCCUGCGGUGGCGUCAGGGUGCACGUGAACGUAUAGGCCCUUACACCUUCCUGGAAACGGUGUGUGUCUAUGGCUACUCCCUCUUCGUCUUCAUACCCACUGUGGUCCUGUGGCUCAUCCCAGUGUCGUGGCUGCAGUGGCUCUUUGGGGCACUGGCUCUCACCCUUUCAGCAGCUGGGCUGGUGUUCACCCUGUGGCCUGUCGUCCGUGAGGACACGAGGCUGGUGGCCGCAGCACUCCUGUCUGCUGUAGUGCUGCUCCAUGCCCUCUUGGCUGUGGGCUGUAAGCUGUACUUCUUCCAACCGUUGCCCCUGGAGCGCGUGGUACCAUCAUUACAAGCUGCAUCUCUGCCUCCAAACAUCCUGCUCCCACCUACCCAGCCCCACCCCAUGGCCACCUCCUAAGAAAGCCAAAGCCUGCAGGCCAAACCUAACUGGAGGCUGCCUGGACCCUGUGGAGGAGAUCACUCUGCUUUUCCAGACUUUUCUUACAAAGCAAACACUUUUAUUUUCUAUGCAAAGGUGAUCCAGAGAAUUUAUAUAAAGGCAAGGGAGGGACAGCGGAGCAGGGAGCUUCACUGAGGGAUAGGACAGCCCAGUCCCCCAGCCUGCCUGCGGGCCCUCUGUUUCCCUGACAGGACUCAGUGGAGGCCAAGAGUGGUGCAGGAAAGCCCCAGCUGUUGCCAGGUGCGCCCACCAGUGUGGGCCCAGCCCAGGCUCUGGCUGCUGAGGGGGGUUCUAGGGUCUGAAGGAGAGGGGGAAAAAACUUCCUGUGCUGAACUUCGCUUCCUCAGUUGUUUGUUUUUCUUUUUUUCUCUUCUUUGUUUAGAGGGAGAGGUCCCUGCCACACCCCUUCCCAGAAAUGCCCAUCAUGGGAGGAGGUAGCAGAGGUCCAAGUUGUGGGAAACAGGCCUAUGUUAGCUACCAGGGAAAAAAAGACACCUUCCUUCCAGGACAGAUCCUUUAGGUUUGUCUGCCUCAGUGGCCCAGUAACCUUCCUUCCCUCCUGGCUGCCUGUUCAGCUUUUGGAGGAGGGGUGACCUGCAGGGGCUCAGGACAGAGCAGGGGGCGGGACCACGGACGGAGGCCUUCAGACAGCCCAGUGGGUUGUACAUUCAAGUGUGAGGUGAACCCUUUGAUGGGAGGGGACUGCACCCUUCCUGAAGGCUCAGCAGGGCUGUCCCCCACCACUGAGCCUCUGAGCCUGGGGACAGGGGCUGCUGGCUGGGCCCGGCCGGCCGGGUUUCUCAGAGGGUCUGUGGAUUGACACUGGUUCUUUUCGUAAAAAAAUAAAAUUAAAAAAAGCAGCA